CAUACCCUGCUCAGAUCGAUCUCUUUUACGAUUUUCUCAAAUUUACUUGACGGAUUCCUCUUCCAAGAUUUUGUUCUACUGAAUUGGAGGUUUCCAAGCAUAAUAUUUUGGUUUUUGACUUCCUUUUGGAUGCAAUGGGUAGAAAGAAAAAUCGGCCAAUGCGUUCUGGUUCCCUUGUAUCAGAAGUUGAUGAUCCUCAGAGCAGUGGUGUCGCUGAACAAAGUUUAGUGGCUGAAGGUCUCUGUACGACUGCCGGAGAGAAUGCUAAUUUUUGGAAGCCAUUCUUUAUUGAGAUUGAGUCAUGCACUUCGACAUUUGAUGAGCAUUUUGAUGUUGCAGAAGUAUCACUUGACAAUGUGAGUUUUUUUGAUGGAUUCACUAAUUUACUGGUGGAAGAUAGUUGUGUAGACGGUAAUUUUUCUCUUCGGUUCUGCUUAUUGGGUGUAGAAGAAGGUUCCCUUAGAUUGGGCAAUUUUCCUGUGCUAUCAGCUGAUAGUAUUCUAUUGGAGUACAUUUGGUUGGGAAGACCUGACUCAAAUGGUUGCAGAGAAACUAUUAUUCUUUUCUCGGGACAAUUUGAUGGCCCAAAUGAGUGUAUUUCUGGUCUUGUGCACUUGGUGUUAUUUAAGUUUCUGGGAUUAAGGCUUAUGUUGGAUUCCAUACUUCCCAAUAAUUCAUCUGCUAGGGUCAGGAUUGAAGUUAUGAGAAGUGCAUUUGAUGCUUGCGGGUACCCUUUGGAGGUUGCAAGACAGCCUUGGAGAAGAAGUAUGAUGAGCGUUAUGUCUUGGUUGCGCCCUGAAGUUGUGACAUCUGAAUUUAUAUAUGGAAUAGGCCAAUCAGAAGUGAUAGAUGAUUAUAAAUGUUGUGAAUCUAGAAGUUCUGGUUCAAGGAACCGUUUUGAGUUUAAUGCUGCUGGCUUUUAUGAAGCUAUUAAACCCUCAAAAGAAGAGCCAAAUUUGGAAAGUGAUCUUCCAGAUCUACUUCCUUGUCUUAGACCAUAUCAACAACGUGCGGUUUACUGGAUGGUUUCUAGAGAGAAGGGAUCAUCUGCUGAAAAGUUUGAGCAAUUUUUGUUAGCUCCGUUCUCCGUUCCUGUUAUGUUCUUGGAAGGAAAAUCCAAAAUGUUCUACAAUCCAUUCAAUGGAAAUGUUUCAUGGCGUCCAUUACAAUUCUCAUAUGUUUCUGGUGGCAUCUUAGCAGAUGAGAUGGGCCUUGGGAAAACUGUUGAAUUGUUGGCUUGCAUCUUUGCACAUCGGAAGCAAUCCAUGGAUGAAUGCAUUACUGAUGAUGAAUCCGAACAGAUGGGAAGCCAAAUAAGAAGACAGAAAAGAGAACGCGUGGAAUGUAUUUGUGGUGCUGCCAGUGAGAGUCGAAAAUAUGAAGGAAUGUGGGUACAAUGUGAUAUUUGUGAUGCAUGGCAGCAUGCCGAUUGUGUUGGAUUUUCUUCCAGGAAGAAAUCAUCUAUUUCCCAUGAUAAGAAGUCUUCUGAAAUGAUUUCACAUAUUAAAUCGAAGUCUCAACGAAAUACAAAGGGAAAUAGCUAUGUUAUCGAAAUGGAGGGAAAUUUUAUAUGCUCUUUGUGCACAGAACUUGUGGAAGCUACCAAGAUUAAGAUAUCUACUGGUGCAACCCUUGUAGUUUGUCCAGCUCCUAUACAGGCACAGUGGUAUUCUGAGAUACUACGUCACACGAGACCUGGUUCGCUGAAAAUUUACAUCUAUGAAGGUGCUAGGAACAUAACAACAACAACCGCUCUAAAAUCUACCAUGAGUGAACUGGCAACAGCUGAUAUUGUCUUAACCACAUAUGACGUCCUAAAAGAGGAUCUAUCGCAUGAUGCUGACCGGCAUGAUGGUGAUCGUCAUUUUUUGAGGUUCCGAAAGAGGUAUCCUGUUAUUCCUACUUUACUUACAAGGAUACAUUGGUGGAGAGUGUGCCUGGAUGAGGCUCAGAUGGUUGAGUGCAACACAGCAUCGGUAACAGAGAUGGCAAUGCGUUUACAUGCUCACCAUCGUUGGUGUAUCACAGGAACUCCAAUUCAGCAUCGACUUGAUGAUCUGUUUGGGCUUCUGCGAUUCCUUAGAGCUAGUCCUUUUGAUGCCUAUAGAUGGUGGGUUCAAGUUGUCAGAGAUCCAUAUGAGAGGGAAGACAAAGUGGCCAUGGAAUUCAUCCACAAAAUGUUCAAGCAAAUUAUGUGGCGUUCAUCUAAGAUUCAUGUGUCAGAGGAAUUGCAGUUACCUCCGCAGGAAGAGUGUUUGCUGUGGCUGACAUUGUCUCCUGUUGAAGAGCAUUUCUAUCAGAAGCAGCAUGAAACAUGUGUAAGAUGUGCAGAAGAAAUCCUCAGAAGUUUCAGAAGUAAUAGUCAAGGAAGAGAAUGCAUUUUGGGUUCUGAAAGUUCAUGCAAUAGCUUUCUCUCUCAUGAUGAAGUUGCAAAGCUUCUAUGGCCACUUUUAAAACUUCGGCAGGCAUGUUGCCAUCCUCAAGUUGGAAGUUCUGGUCUUUGCUCAUUGCAAAAUUCUCCUUUGACUAUGGAAGAGAUUCUUGAAGUUCUUAUUGGCAAAGCAAAGAUUGAAGGAGAGGAAGCUCUCAGAAGAGUUGCUGUGGCACUGAAUGGAUUAGCUGGGUUGGCUGUAAUCGAGGAAGAUAAUGAGAGAGCAGUUUCACUCUACAAAGAAGCACUGGUUGUAGCGGAUGAAAACAGUAAUGAUUACCGUUUGGACCCUUUGUUGAGCCUGCACAUUCAUUACAAUCUGGCUGAAUUGCUUUCUCUCACUUCUGAACUCUCUUGUCCAUACAUGGGAAACCAUUCUGAAACUAAUGAGAACAAAAGGGAUGUUACUGGUAAGUAUGAACGACAUUACGUUAAGAGACAAAAAGUUGGUGCAGACUGCAAACCUAAUUCUAUCAAAGAAUCCUUGGAGAAGCAUGCCAUCCUAAAUUCAUCCACUGUCGAUGAUAAUGUAUGCGAAGCUAAAGAGAACAGAGCUAAUAAUGAACUGCCAUCUAGGUGCUAUGCAGUUGGUUGUUUGAGAAAAACAUGUGAAAAUAUUAAGCAAAAGUACCUGUCUGCUUUUAUUUCAAAAUUGUCCGUAGCUCAGCAGGAUUUUAAAAGUUCCUAUAAGGAGGUUUGCAAUCUGACCAAAGAGUGCAAAGUUCAGAAUAUGAGCUGGUGGGUGCAGGCACUUGACAUUAUAGAACAGAAGGAAGACUCAUCUCGUGAAUUGAUGAAAAAGAUUGAACAGGCUAUUUCCAGGGUUGGUUGCAACUCCAGAUCAUUCAAAGUUUCUUCAGGGUUUCGAAAUAUGAAAGGUUUGAGAUACACCAUGCAAGUUGGUCUUGAUUCUUUAGAGACUUCUAGACAAGCUUUAAUUACCCGACUUUUGCAAAUUGAUCAAACUAUGGAGAUGCCAGAUAAUGCUGAUGUUGAACGCAAGAGAUAUUGCCCUUAUUGCAGUGGCGGCGAUGGUAACUUGUGCACUCAUUGUGAAUUAGAUUUCGUGUUUCAGAAAUAUGAGGCGAAGCUGUUUCUUUUGAGAAAAGGAAAUGAGAUUGGUGACAUUGCAUCGGUUGAGGAGGCAUUGGACCAUCAAAAAAGGAAGUAUGCAUUAAAUAGUUUCUUUCGUAAUGGCAAGGAUUGUAGCGGAUUGAGUGUUGAUAAUGGAGAAAGAAAACAGAGGCACGCCAAAGAAAAUAUUGAGGUUUUGAGACAUCCUUCAGAAUUGGAGAUUACUCUAGGGGUCAUUAGAAGUUAUUCGAAAACAAUUUUGGGGAGACAAGAUUAUGCAUUAGCUAGAAGACAUUUACUACUCUUUGAGGCCAUGCGUAGAGAAUUUACUCAAGCAAGGCUAUUAUCACGUUCGCAAGCUCAGUUAUUGGGUGCUCAUGAUGAAAUCAAGCUGUCUACCUCUAGACUGCGGCUCAAGGAAACAGAGGAUGAACCAACUGCUAUAAAUAUUCUUUGUAGAGAAGAAUUGAUUCCUUGUAGCUUGCAAUUUUCUAGUGAUAAGUUUGCAUCUUUGUCUUUGUUAUCACGCAUGAAAGGGCAACUUCGCUAUCUGAAGGGAUUGGUGGAAUCUAAAGUGGAAAUAAAGUAUCGAAGCCAAUUUCCAUCUUCCAGGGAUCACGAUGGAAUUAACAUGUUAAACACUACAGCAUCUGAUGAAAUAGAAUGCCAUUUCAAGACUGAAGAUGACCACUGUCCCAUUUGCCAUGAAAAAAUGGACAGCAAGAAGAUGGUAUUUGAAUGUGGGCAUGUUAUUUGCUGUAAAUGUUGUUUACACUUGACAGAGAAAGUAAUCCUUCACCCAGGAAAGUGCCAAAAUUGGCUUAUGUGUCCAACUUGUCGCCAACGCACGGUGAUAGAGCAUGUUGCUUAUGUUGAUGAGAAACAAAAUAAAGAUUGUGGCUCAAGGACCCCAAAAGCUUUACAUGCUCAAGACUUGAAUGAGUGUUCAAUUGUUGUUCAAGGAUCUUACGGAACAAAGAUACAUAUAUGUAAAGAUGGAGUUUGGACUAGAAGAUGCAUUAGCUCGUUGAUUGCAAUAGUAUCUAACGUGAUUGAAGCUGUUACAAGGAGGAUUUUGUGGAUAAAAUCAACUGAUCAAAAAGCUAAAGUACUUGUUUUCUCCAGCUGGAAUGAUGUCCUUGAUGUAUUGCAGCAUGCACUGGAUUCUAAUAACAUUUCGUAUGUUCGGAUGAAAGGUGGCAGGAAAUCACAAGCUGCGAUUGCUCAAUUUAAAGGAGAACAACCCUUGAAAUCCAAACACAUUCAAGUCCUUCUGAUCCUAAUCCAGCAUGGAUCGAACGGGCUGAAUCUCCUGGAAGCCCAACAUGUCAUACUUGUAGAACCUCUCCUAAAUCCAGCGAUUGAAGCCCAAGCAAUUGGCCGUGUUCACAGAAUUGGGCAGGAAAAGAAAACAUUUGUUCAUCGGUUUAUAGUGAAGAACACUGUGGAGGAAAGCAUAUAUAAGCUGAAUUUGGGUCGGAGUGGAAAUUCCAUGGUUGGUACUAAAGCUAAUAAAAAACAAGAUCAACCUGUGCUCACAGUGCAAGAUGUAGAGAGUUUGUUUCCUACUUCUUCCAUGGUCGAAAAUUCGUCGGAAAAUUUUGACGAUGUAAAUGUAGCUGAACAAAGCCUCAGGCAUUUGCCUGCUGCUGCUGCAGCUGGUCUUGCUGCUGAGAGGAGAUUCAUGACGUCUCAUAGCAACCAACAAUGAGCUUUAAGGAAGCCAUUAAUUCUGACUGAUUGUUUUGUCUGCAUCAGCUCUUCUAAUAUGAAUUAAUAAUGAAGAGGCAGAAACCUGAGAUGAAAGGCCAGUGAGUCCAGUCUGAUAUGGGAUGCUUCCUCUGGUAUUUAUCUUGUAAAUUUAGACAAAGUUAGGUCAUUCUUUAGGUAUAGAAGUAUUUAAAUGAAUUGUUUAUGAUUCCUAUUUGUUUCAAUCUUAGAAAUAUCAUAUAAUGUCAUUAUAUACCUUUGACAUGCAUGUUAACAAGUCAUAUGGUUGUCAGUAAGCCCAUUGCCCUAUUAUAACUUCAUUAGCAAGUCAUGUUUCGGAACCGUUUGGUAAUUCAAAUUGUGGUUCAAACUUUCCAACA